CGGUUCGAUACCAUCUGAUACCAUAUUCCAUAUGGGCCAUAGUUAAAAAACCCCCAAAAUACGUAAUACCCAACUGGAUUAAAUGACACUUUGAUAUCUGAAAAGGAAGCUUUUCCGUCGGCACAACGGUUCUGUUGAAAACUAUUAUAAAGUCAAGAUCCUUAAAAAGAUCCCUCAAAAAACUGUAACAUUCCUCCAGUGCUAACCCCACAUGUGUGUGCUCUAAACCCAAAACUAACUAAUUUUGCGGCCUAUUACCUCUCAGAUUGAGUGUGUAAUUCGCAGUAGAAUCUUAAACUUUCGUCGACAUCCUUUGUGAAUCCUGCACACAUCCUCGCUAAGAACUUUUUGGCCAAACUUCCUGCCAAGUGUUUAGACGCUCGAGAAAACUUUCGCACCUUUGUCUUACGUGAGUUCGUGCUGUGAAAAUUGCGAAAAAGUUAAACUCAAAAAGAGCUCAGAGCUAAAAAGCUAAGAAACAGCAGCGACAAGGGACUUUCUUCUGUGACACGCUUGAAGUAUUGUUGCCAAAAUUUUCACGGACGGUAAUAAGCUCGGUCCUGCAGCCGCGGGCAGAGGAAUGUUUUGCUACCAGUGUCCUCCAGCCCUGCACCCCUGCGGCCCCCACCCUCCGCGCCUGCCGACCCUCGACUACCCCUUCGCCGCCACCCAUCCAUAUACCAGCUACUCGUAUCAUCCUGCCAUCCACGAUGAGACUUUUGUCCGGCGGAAGCAGCGACGGAAUCGCACCACCUUCACACUGCAACAGCUGGAGGAACUGGAGACGGCCUUUGCCCAGACCCAUUAUCCGGAUGUGUUUACUCGCGAGGAUCUGGCCAUGAAAAUCAACCUGACCGAAGCUCGGGUUCAGGUCUGGUUCCAGAAUCGCAGGGCCAAGUGGCGCAAGGCGGAGCGACUCAAGGAUGAGCAACGUAAGCGGGAAAAUGGAGAGAGCAGCAGCUCGCUGGAUAAGCUCCACGACUCUCGUGAAUCCUCGCCAGACAUUACGGGUGAAAUAGACGACGACAUGGAUGAGUUGCCGCCUCGUCAGCGGUCGCACAGUCCGCUGGCCAACGGGCAGAUGGAGCAGCAGCACUCCCACUCGCAUUCGCACUCGCAUUCCCGCAGUCCGGGGGGCGGGAUGCACCUGGACUCCAGCGACAACGAGCGCCCGUUGUCCUCCAACCAGCUGACCGCCACCCCGCACUCCGCCUCCCAGUCGCUGGGCUCCAUCAGUGCCGGAUCGCCAUCCCCCUCGGGAAUGCACAGGGAGCGGGAGCAUACGCCCCUGGCGGGCAGCGGGGGUCAGGGGCCGAGCAGCCCCUCCAACUCGCGGAACACCGACUCCCCCAUCGAGGUGGGCGGACCCAUGUCCUUGACCACCAGCUCAAGGAUGCCGGCCUCCUCCAACAACUCGGCCUCGUCCACGCCCACGCCCACCACCCCACACGCCCCCCAGAUGCCACACUCCUCGGCGGCUGCGGCGGCCGCUUUCGGGAGCCACAUCUUCGGGAGCUUCGGAGGAGGCGGUAGUGCCAGCGAUAGCAACUGCGGCUUUCGCCCGGUUCUUAGUGAGCAGAGCGCCGUGGCAGCAGCGGCGGCGGCAGCGGCGGCCCAGCGGAGCGCCAACCACCCACCGCUCUUCCUACCACCCCACCUGGCCGCCCAGUUCACCCAUCAGCCGCUUUUCCCUGGACUAAAAGGCGUGUCUCCAUUCCAGAGCCUGUGCUCCUGCUGCUCCCUGAAACCCCCGCCACCACCGGGCUCCUCGGUGGUGGCUCCUUUAAGCAUCCCGGUGAGCAGCAGCUCGGCGGCCAGUUCGCCGGAGUCGCCCAAGUCCUCCGGCCAGGGAUCUGGACACGAUCCCAGGUCCAACUCGGUGGCCGAACUGCGGCGGAAGGCGCAGGAACACUCGGCGGCACUUUUGCAAUCCCUUCAUGCGGCAGCUGCUGCAGGAUUGGCUUUUCCGGGACUCCACCUGCCGCCCCUCUCCUUCGCCCAUCAUCCGGCCCUGGGACAGCAUGUGGUCAACCACAACAACAACACGAUGCGGAUGAAGCACGAGGCGCAGGACAUGACCAUGAAUGGCUUGGGACCGGGAUCAGGAUCGGGAUCGGGAUCGGGUGUUUCGAUGCCGGGAGGCAGCUCAUCGGCUGCCCUUUUGGACCUCGCCGAAUCGGCUGUGGCAUAUCAACAGCAACAGCAGCAACAUGCCACAUUGUCGCCCCCAACCACGCCCACUCAGCAGUCCUCGGGGGGCGUGGCCGCAGCCGAAGGCUCUCCAGGGUCAGGGGCCAUCUCAGGAUCGGGUUCAUUGAAUGGCAAUGUGGUGCUAACCAAAAUGGAAUAAGGAAUGAAAAUCAAAUCAGAUUGUGCAAUGAAAGCUUCAUAAAAAGGGCCUGGCAGGGUAUUUUGUUUCUCAGAUUUUUAAAUUUGUACAAAUUUAGGGCAAGCAUACACCCAUAUUCCCCAUUUCUUUAGGACUCGAAAUAAAAUCUGUAUAAUAAAAUACCCAAACCAGCCCGUUUGUAACAAUAAACAUUUAAAAAGUUAAAUGGUAGACUAAGCCCUAGCUUAACUUUAAUUUAACCAAGCAAGCAAAAAUACACUCAAGAAAAAAAAAAAAAACCGCAGCACUCUUUAAUAAAAAAAUAUAUAUAUAUUAGAAAUAUAGUUAGCUGUUGCUGGAUUUGGCAGAUAAGACGAGAAAAGAUAACCCCUGAUUGAACCCAACAUAAUCAGCAACAGCCGAAGACAAUUCCAAUGAUUAACAAUAUCAAUUAACACGCAAAUGCAUAUGAACAAUAUUUACAACAAAAAUACAACAUAUAUACAUAAUUAUAAACUAAUACAGUAUAUAGAGAUAGCUAACAAAUCGGACAUAUAUAGCCUAGCC